CGCGAUGAACCCGGUCCACCCUGCGCCGGUUCCAGGUUCCUUAAACCCUACCGCAGUCGCAGCCAUAGCGGGAGCUCUCGCGCAGCUUGUGGGGAACGUUGACGGGUUACCAAGAGAACUGGAUUCACUUUCUUGAAUUGCCAUACUACAGCUCGGAAACAAGAAAACGUCCCUGUUCAUAUGACAAGUACACUGAAAUAUCUCUUUAAUUCUUCAAUUGUUAAAUACAAAGAGCGAGAACAGAACACAUGCCAUGUCUGAAAUGACAGCAAUAACAAGAAAAUAUGAAGAAAAGUUACAGAACAGGACAGAGUCCGGAUGAAGGCAGCACUGGUGAUGUUAACGUGAGAGUUUGAGAUGGCGACUAAAUGGUGAGUGUUCCAUCUCAAGGUCGCAGGGGUCGCAGACCAUUUAGAGGCUAUUAUCGUGACCGAUUCAAUCACCAUCAUCGUGGUAGGGGACGUGGCAGGGGUCAUGGUGGGCAGAUCUCUUCUCAUUUUUCUCAAGCCACGAUUGCUAAUGUAGCAGAGGUGCCACCUACUGAUGGGGCCACUUCAGUGAUACAACCAUCAACAGUCUCUGGACAAUCAUCAUUACCAAAUGUGGCACAAGUUCCAUCUGCACCGUUGCAAGCACCACAACGUAAGUUAUGGUGUGAAAUCUGUAAAGCCGAGUGCAAUACUCCCAAGAUGUUGGAGCAGCACAAAAAUGGAAAGCGGCAUAGGAUGAACAUGAUUGUACAUGAAGAACUACAAAGGCUCAAAGCUCUAAAUGGACAACAGUGUGGAAAUAUAUCUACUUCUGAAUCGAAUUUAACAAUCGAACAUGAAAAAUCUCAAAAAUAUGAGAUAAAAAGAUUACCUUCAGAAAAUGUUGGUUCUGAAGCUAUAAUUGAUAAGCACAAAGAUGAAACUGAGCUUCAGAGUAAUGUAGAAGGGGUUUCCGAAGUUCAAACUGAAGAGCCUCAAGAAGAAUCUAGAGAAAACUCCUUCAUACAAGGAGGUGGAAUCAAGCGUACAAUGAGCGUUGGUAGAGGAGGUAAAUUUAUGAGGAGUGAAGAUGGGUCAAAAAAACUGGUGGAACCUCCAAAGCCUAAGCAUAAGCCGGUUACAUCUAUCAUAUGCGAGUUGUGCAAUGUUAAAUGUGAUUCCCAAGUUGUCUACAAUAGUCACUUGACAGGGAAAAAACACCUGUCAAAUUUCAAGCGUGUCCAUGGCUACCAAGCUUUGAAUGGAGAAGCAGGGAUCACAUCGUUUCACUCUCCUGGUAUUAAUGCUCUGUCAAAUGCAAAUAAUUUUGCAGUCCAACAUGCAAAUAAUUUUGCAGUCCAACAAGGUGUAGGUGUCACACCGGGCAUUGGUGAUCCACGGAACCUUCUGGCUCAUCUCCUUGUGACUGUGCUAUCAAAUGUCCUUGUACCACCAACAGAACCACUGUCAGGUGCUGUGGCUGAUCAGAUACAAGCACCAACAUUCGUGGGAGGAUCAAGUCAUCAAGCAACAUUUCAAAAUUUGACAGAGGCUCGAGUCUCAGAUUCCAUGGCAUAUUUUGAGACGAGUAAAAAUCAUUCCGGGAGAACAAAAGGUCAGAUUCCUUCUGUCACAUUACAGCUGGGUGAGGAUGCAGGUUUAAGCAAUAAUGCUAACACUGAAUCAGUUGGUGGAAGUUCUGCAAAGGAAGUUACGGUGGUGAAACCUCCCCAGGAUAGUGCGGUUAUAACACCUGCAGGAAACCCAGUUGCAAUAAAUAAACAAAUACCUUCAUAAUGUGCAAUCUCCAACAUCAUAGACGUUUAGAAGGCCAUAGAAGAUGUGAUAAUCUUUUUUUGUUUUUGUCUCAUCGUUGAUUUAAUUUUUCAGUACUUUCAAGUGAUUAAAAGUUUAAUAUUUUAACACUUUGAAC